AUCUUGAACAGUUGAACGAAAAAGAUCUGCGGAUCCCAAAGUUUGAUUUCAAACUGUACAUUGCUAGUCAACGCGUACUAGCAGGUUGAGCAGUGGGAGGAUAAGUCAACGAAUACGGCAAUGCUUAUAAACUUGUUUUUCAUUUCUACGCUAAUCACGCAGCGAAGAUCAGAACCGAGUUCGGGCUUAUGAAUCUCAGAAAGCUGUUGUUAAGCAAUUUAUUGUUAUUCUUGUUACUAAAAUUGUUGGUUUGGACAGAGAAGGCGGCGGCGGCGGCGGCGGAUUUAGAGUGCCGUGAAAGAGGCUGCGGGAGGAAAUGAGGAAUAGCCCCGCCGUGAAAUUCCCAUUCCGAAUCAGAGGUCGGCAACCUGCCGCCUGUGGCUACCCCCACCGUGCCUUUGAUCUGUCCUGCCGCAGCGGCUCGGGGGAAACGCCGCCGCUGCUGCUGCUGCGGCUGCCAAACUCCGUCACUCUCUCCGUCAAGGAAAUCGAUUAUGCUUCUCAGACCAUUCUCGUCAGCUAUUCGGGCGGCUGCCUCCCGAGGAUGCUUCAGAACUUCAGUUUGUCCUCUUCUCCGUUCCAACUACCCGGCCACAAGUGGCGAAAUCCGUACACCGUGCUCCGCUGCACGCCGCGAUCAGAAGAAUUACUGUUGGAAACUAGGAAUGAUAUGCCGUGGAAAUCUCAGAUCUAUUGUCCGAACGAUCCAGCGGGCUAUCAAAUUUUCGCCACACCCUCUUAUUUGAGUGUUGGCGAUCCCUUUGUACAAUCUUGUACCAAGAUGUAUGACAUCGCAGCAGCACUUCCAGGUGAUCUUGAGCUCCAUGGCUCCUUUCGAUUGAAAUGGUCCGACCCGGAAUGUGGAGUCUGCGGAGCGGAAGGCAAAUAUUGCAGACUAACCAACACCAACAAGAACAAAGGAAGCAACACAACAGAAUGCUAUGAGUUUCCCACAAAAGGCUCAAUGAAAAAGAAGGUGAUUACAGGUUGGCUAACAUACUUAGUUAAGUCAAUUCUCACAUUAUGGCAAUCACAUUUCUCAAACAAUAAGACAAAUGGACUUCUAUGUGUGUGCAGGUGUAGUCUUCGGCUUGGUCUUUUUAUUAGGACUAGUUUUUCUAGUCUUAUAUAGAUACAGACUUUAUAGAAUUGAAAAGAAAUAUCAAGCCAAGGUUAAGAAGUUUUUGGAUGAUUACAAAGCUUUCAAGCCCACAAGAUACUUGUUUGCUGAUCUUGAGAGGAUUACAAAUCAAUUUGAGUACGAAUUGGGAAAAGGAGCUCAUGGAACUGUUUAUAAGGGGAUGCUGUCUGAGAACGUUAAAGUAGCUGUUAAGGUCCUCAAUGAUUCCAAAGCAAAUGGAGAGGAAUUCAUUAAUGAAGUUGGGACAUUAGUGAAAAUUCAUCACGCCAAUAUAGUCCGCUUGAUCGGUUUCUGUGCAGACGGGUUUAAACGGGCUGUAGUAUAUGAUUACUUGCCAAAUGAUUCACUCCAGAAGUUCAUUUCUUCACCAGACUCGAAGAAAAGUUUUCUUGGCUGGAAAUCUUUGGAAAAUAUUGCUAUUGGCAUAGCCAAAGGGAUUGAGUAUCUCCAUCACGGUUGUGAUGAAAGAAUCCUACAUUUCGACAUCAAGCCGCACAAUGUACUUCUUGAUGACAAUCUCAAUCCCAAAAUCACCGACUUCGGCCUCGCUAAGCUGUACUCAAGGGAACAAAGCCUGAUCUCCAUGACAACAGCUAGGGGCACUAUAGGCUACAUGGCACCCGAAGUGUUCUCCAGAAACUUCGGGAAUGUUUCUUAUAAAUCGGAUGUUUAUAGUUUCGGGAUGUUGUUAUUAGAGAUGGUGAGUGGAAGGAAAUGUAUUGACACUGAAUCACAUGCCGAGGAUCAGGUGCACUUCCCUGAGUGGAUUUAUAAUGUGUUAGAGCAAGGAGAAGAUCUAAGGUUUGAUAUUGAAGAAGAGACUGAUGCUAAAAUCGCAAAGAAGCUAGCCAUUGUGGGUUUGUGGUGUAGUCAAUGGAAUCCGGUUGAUCGGCCUUCCAUGACAAGUGCCCUUCAAAUGUUAGAAGGGGAAGGAGAUAAUUUGAGCACACCUGUGAAUCCAUUUAUAGCUAAACCGCCUUCAAGAAUGGUUGCAUCAGGAGUAGACAAGCACAUUUACAAACUGGAUGCAAUAGAGGAAACAAAGUAAACAAUAAUAAGUUGACCAGUUUGCAAAUGAACAUUGAUUGAAAGGGUAAAGAUAUUUACAGUACAAUGACAUGUUCUCAAAUUUACUCCAAAUUGGGUUAAAUUUGAGAAAAAUUUGGAGUCCAAAUCAUUUCUCCAUCUUCUCUCUCGGUGUAUUUCUCUCCAAGUAAGAGUGCACGUUUGGAUUAUGUUUAUAUAUGAGUUUUGUUAUUUAUACAAUUAUACACCAUAUUCAUUCACCUUGAGAUGGUGUUGUGAAAUAACUAAAUUAAAUAUUGUAGUAAAUUGAGGGAGGUUUUUUUUUUUUUUUUGUAAAAAAUUGUCAGACGUUAUUGUGAAUUUGUGAUACAGUGUUUCUCAAAUGCAAAAUGCACUGAAGAAGCACGAUUUACUUUCAUCUAAGACUCCGUUUGGCAAUUUGUUUCUUUUUAUUUAUACGUCAUAUUUACCC